AUGCUCAACUGCAUCGACAACUCGGGCGCCGCCCUGGUCGAGUGCGCCAUGGUCGUUGGGCAGAAGCGCCACGCCAGCAUCGGUGACCGCAUCGUGUGCGUCGUGCAGCAGCAGCGCGGCGCCAACGCCGAGGGCAUGAGCGCCGCCUCGGGCAACAAGGUCAAGCGCGGCGACAUCCGCCACGCCGUCGUCGUCCGCACAAAGUACAAGGUCCAGCGCCCCGACGGCAGCGUCGUCCGCUUCGACGACAACGCCUGCGUCCUCAUCAACAAGGCCGGCGACCCCAUCGGCUCCCGCAUCAACGGCGUCGUCGGCGCCGAGCUGCGCCGCAAGAAGUGGAGCAAGAUCCUCAGCAUGGCCUCCAUGCACGCCUAG